CAGCCCCGCCUCCUGGCCCGGAAGUGCGCACGCGCAGCGACAAGAUGGAGGCUGCGGCCGAGCCGCUGCGGUCUGUCCGCCACCUGUCCCGCGUGCUGCUUUUCCUGUCCCAGUGCUACAUUCUGUCGGGCGAUGGAUCCUUAAACUUAGAGCAUUCGCAGCCGCUGGCUCGGGCAAUAAAGGAUCCGGGCCCAACACGUACAUUCUCUGUAGUUCCCAGGGCAGCAGAGAAUCAGCUGUUCUCUCACCUCACAGAAAGUACUGAAAUCCCUCCUUACAUGAUGAAGUGUCCAAGCAAUGGUUUGUGUAGCAGACUUCCUGCAGACUGCAUAGAAUGUGCAACCAAUGUCUCCUGCACUUACGGGAAGCCUGUCACGUUUGACUGCACAGUGAAACCCUCUGUUACCUGUGUCGAUCAAGACCUCAAACCCCAGAGGAACUUCGUCAUCAACAUGACUUGCAGGUUUUGCUGGCAGCUUCCUGAAACAGACUAUGAGUGUUCAAAUUCCACCACCUGCAUGACCGUGGCUUGCCCUCGGCAGCGCUAUUUCGCCAACUGCACUGUGCGUGACCACAUUCAUUGCCUGGGCAACCGGACUUUCCCUAAGCUGCUGUACUGCAACUGGACAGGCGGCUACAAGUGGUCAACAGCCCUGGCUCUCAGCAUCACCCUUGGGGGAUUUGGAGCCGAUCGCUUCUACCUGGGCCAGUGGCGCGAAGGCCUCGGCAAGCUCUUCAGCUUUGGCGGCCUGGGAAUAUGGACCCUAAUCGAUGUUUUGCUGAUUGGAGUUGGCUAUGUGGGACCAGCGGAUGGCUCUUUGUACAUUUAACAGUGGUUAUGUGCUUCAGAGAGAGUGUAGAGUCCUGUGUGUGGAGAUGGAUGCGGUGUGAGAGGGGUAUUUAUGUUUUUAAUGUACAGCAUCUGUACUUGGCUUGCCUUGAUGAAGGUAAAAUAAAGAAAUCGAACACUGAACCACGACAA